CAAUCCCGGCGGCCGCGCGAGGCAUCACGGGAACUCGGGGGCUAUAAAAGACCUGGUUGCUAUUUUGUGCUCCCCGAGUCACCGGUCCUUUAAGCGAGCGGGGCGGCGCUUGGUGCGCGUGCGCGGUCCCGCUACCCCUCCCAAACUGCCAACUCUGCGCGCAGGCGAGCUGGGCCCGGCCUGCCUGGCUGGCGCGUGCGCCCAACGGGCUUGGCCCCGGAAGACCAGACGCCUGCGCAGUGGGGGCUGAGGUGACAGCCCUCCGGGUGGGGCGCGGGUCCGUCAUGGCGGAGUCCUGGGCUGGGCAGUCCCUGCAGGCUCUGCCGGCCACGGCGCUGGGCGCCCUGGGCGCCCUGGGCAGCGAGUUCCUGCGCGAGUGGGAGGCGCAGGACAUGCGUGUGACCCUCUUCAAGCUGCUGCUGCUGUGGCUGGUGCUGAGCCUCCUGUGCGUCCAGCUGGCGUGGGGCUUCUACGGGAGCACGGUGACCGGGCUGUACCACCGCCCAGGUCUGGGCGGCCAGAACGAAUCCACACCCGAUGGCUCCACGCAUUUCCCUUCGUGGGAAACGGCAGCAAACGAGCCUCUCAAAACCCACAGAGAAUAAGGGGAGGCAGCCGAAGGGUCUCCAGGGACAUCACCGGGUCUGCUGGCUCCCACUCUGGGCUCUCCUGCUGCCCAGAUCCCAGGGAUGACUGCAGGGGGUCCGGGUUGGGGGGUAGGGAGUACCCCAGUGCUUGUGUUGGGCGCCCACUGCCCCUGGCUUUUCCUCCAGCGCCCCAGGCCCUGGGCCAGUGAAGUUCGCCUCCCCCUGACCUGGUGCCUUAGGAGAGCCCUGCUGCUCUCUCGGGGUCAGGAGGAGCCUCUGGGUGAGGAAGGCCACAGUCCAUUUCCUGUCCCUCUUCCCAUCCCCCUGGGAGUGACCCACAGGGAUUUGUCCCUCACGAAGCCUGAGGUUGACUAGCCCUGGGAUUUGUAAGGGAAGUCUGUUUUCACUUAAGCCCAGGUUUUCUGAAUUUGGUCUUGCUGUGUUGGCAAGGAUCUAGGAAUCUUGGCCUGGACACAGCCUUAUACCCUAUGGGUACUUAGUUGGCCACUCAAGUCCAAGGCAGGGGCAGCUGGCACCAUCCAGACAUGGAGGCACCAGGCACCCACUUUCUGGUCCCAUCUGAGCUCUCCAGGUGCGAGCAGGCUAUGGGCACUGUCUUACCCUGAGCACCAUACUCCUACCCCGCUGUCCUUGGAGGGAAGCUGGUGCCUCUCUGCCAGGUGCUGAGAGGCUGAGCCCAGGGUGACUUCCCACCCUCAACACUUAGGUGCUAAGUGCCCCGGGUGGUGGGUCUUGCCCCUCUGGGGGAUCCUAAGCAGUUGGUGCAGGCAGCCCCUCCCGCAGCCUCCUCACUGCCCAUCUUGACCUGGAACCACAGGAGCUUCAUCCUAAGAGCGGGGGCUCCCUCUAGUGCCAUCGCAGCCCCCAAGAACUGUGAAGGCCUGCCACUUCCCAAACAGGCCAAGGGCUGCCCAAGGGAGGGGUGGCAAAGGCCAGUUCCCCCAGGCCUGUGGCCUAGACCUGUCCCCUUCCCAUCCGCCCGCCUGUGCCUAGACGUCUGCCAGGGCGCCGAGCUCCUGCCGGGUGCUUACUGCAGACACCGCUGCUGCAGGGUGAUGGUUCAGCAGCCCAGGUGACCACUGACACCACCAGGGUGAGGGCCUCCCAUUCCACUGGAGGCCUAGUGAGGAUGUGGCGGAUUAAACAUGGACGUGCA